GCACGUGGACAAUGUCAUCUCGUGGAGGAAUAGUGUACACGCUAUUCGUCGACUACCUUGAUUUUUGUUCGGUAAGGUUGAGUAAGGGCUAGUGCCAAAGAGGCCUGCGUGUAAAAUCUCCGGACUCCAAAGAAGCAGCUCGCAAAAGUGCAAAACAAGGAUUGUUGUAAAUGGUUUUUGCAUUGUGAGAUUCUUGUCUUCCUGGCUGGAAAGAUCAAAACUGUCGCCUUUUAUGGUCGAUGAGGAUCAUAGCAUAAGAAUAUUCAUUGCAAACUUACAACACUCAAGAAUUUUCACACGGUGUUGACUUCUUGCGGAGAUGUACGAUAACCUCGGUGCCCCACCUGGUAUGCAGAGGCAGCCAUCCAAUGCCCCUCCUAAUGCUUUGGGGGGCCCAUUCUAUGGGCCUGGCUCAGGACUCAUUAGAGAUGGGUUGGCUGCAUAUGGAGGAAGAAUACUGGGGUCAAGCUCUGAAUAUCUUCAAUCUAAUGUCACCAAGUAUUUCUCGAAUUCCCAAUACUACUUCCAAGUGAAUGAUCAGUACGUGAGGAAUAAAUUGAAAGUGAUAUUGUUUCCUUUCUUACACCGGGGACAUUGGACUAGGAUUGCUGAGCAAAUGGGGGGCAAGCUCUCCUACAAACCUCCAAUUUAUGAUAUAAAUGCACCCGAUCUUUACAUCCCUUUGAUGGCAUUCGGCACCUAUGUCGUUCUUGUGGGCUUCGCGCUGGGUUUGAAUAGCAAGUUUAGCCCUGAAGCCUUGAGCAUGCAGUUCACAAAGGGGUUAGGCGCAUGGCUUCUGCAGGUCACUCUGCUAAAGUUCUUGCUUUAUUUGUUGGGGAGUGGAGAAGCCGGAGUACUGGACGUUGUGGCCUAUGGUGGCUAUGCAUUUAUCGGCAUUUCUCUCUCGGUCUUGGCCAGGGCAUUGUGGAGCUACUCGUAUUAUUUCGUGAUGCCGUGGACUUGCUUGUGCAUGGGGAUUUUCUUAGUGAAGACCAUGAAGCGGAUCUUGUUUGCCGAGUUGAGGAGCUAUGAUAAGUCUUCGAGCAAGAAUCACUAUCUGUUGCUCCUUGCUGCACUUGCUCAGUUUCCCCUCUUCUUCUGGCUUGGAUACGUUGGUCCAUGAGAUAACUGCAAAAGUGUUUCUCUGUGGUGGGCUUUCUUUUAUUGGUGAAUAGGGUGGUUUCAAGCAAUAGUGGCUUUGUAGUGUUAAUGGACAUGCAUGUGUACACUGGGCAGAGACUACACACGUUCGGCGUAUGGUGGUUCCUCUUUAUUUUUGCUUAUGCUGUGAUUGGGUUAAGAAAGUUAGUGUUGCUCGCUGCUCCUUUUUUGACACUGCUGCAUCCCGGGGACACUAUCCAUGCCUUAAAACUAUUAAUUGAUAAGAUCGGUCUUAAAUGAUAAGGUGCACCUCUAAAUCUU